AUGACUACUGUAGCUAAGCUACUCGAAUUCAAAAAGGAAAAUGUCAAAGAAUUGGCGAGCAUCAUCAAGGCUCUCACCUUCAGAGAAGUUAUCUACGCUUUGGCGUGUUUUUGCAAAGUAAUAUUUGAAUAGAUUGGAAAGUUGAGUGCAACUCCCGGCGGGCUUCGCAUAGUCGUUGGAGAUGGUGCACUACAACAGGUUUUCUUUUAAUUUUUCCACUUGUUAGUAUGUUUUUAAAUAGUCAGAAUAUUAUAAAAAUAAUGAUAAAUUCAUUUCCGGGCAACGCUUACAUGGAAACUUGUUUCUUCUCCAGCUUCGUGUGCCGAGAUGAAACUAUUGAAGUUAAUUUCCCUCUGAAAGCGCUGAGCGUAAGUUUCUCAUUUCUCUAAGCUAUCACAGAUUGAAAAUAAUAAAUAUGUUAAAAAGUAGCGAUAUUUUUUCCAAAUUUUUCAGGAAUGUCUCAAUUUGGGAGAUGCGAGCAGCAGCUCUUUAUCACUGAGCUAUGCAGGCUUCUGCGAACCUUUGAUGUUGAAAAUUCAUGACGGAAAUCACUCAGUUAAAGCGAAAAUUCAUACGUUGUCUUCAAAUGAAGUAAUCAAGUAUUUUUUAGUGUUUGAAUAUACAGUUACAGACAAACGAUUUUAACUUUGAAGUGAGCGAAAUCGUUGCGAACUGCAUUUUGAAAACUACUUUCCUGCACGAUUUUUUCCGGGUUUCGUAUUGUUAGCGCACCUAUUUAUGGCUAUUAGUUGAGGAUCUCGACACUACGAGCCCUAACUUGGUGAUAGAGGUUUCUGAACGUGAACUCAGCUUUGUCACACAAGGAGAGAUCGGUAUGACCACUGUGAGGAGUAUAUCGGGAAAUAAUUUGUAAGAGUAUAUUUCUAGUGCACGAUUCCUCUCAAAUCUCUACAGAUGGACGUGAUUGCGUGUAGUCGACCAGUCACCUAUGGGUACCGGCUUUCUGCAAUCCAGCGAAUGACACCUGCUAUCGGCCUUUCUAAUCGGGUAGGGGUUUUCAAUAAUUUUUUUAUCCAUAUUGCUCAAAAAAAUAACGUUUUUUAGGCGUCCCUUCGAAUAGACAAUCGCGGUGUUCUGAAUCUCCAGCUCAUGAUCGACCACGGUGACAGCCUCAAAAGCUAUAUCGAAUUUUUCGUUGGUUUUUUUUUCAAUUAA